AUGCAGUCCGGCGGCCUCUUCCCCCUCGUGCUUCUUGCCCUGGGCACCCUGGUGCCUUGGACUGUGGAAGGUGCUGGAAAUUCGUUGAAAGCUGGAGCCUGCCCUCCUGUAAAACCUGGUCGAUGCCUUAACGUAUUUGAGACCCCCGAGUGCCAGAGUGACUGGCAGUGUCCAGGGAGGAAGAUCUGCUGCUCCGAUGCUUGCGGAAUCAGAUGCCUGGACCCUGUCAUCUCUGACCAAACGUGUAUGAAGCCUGGCAAGUGUCCUGUGGUCAAUGGCCGCUGUCUGAUCCUCAAUCCCCCCAACCACUGUGAGACAGACCAACAGUGCGUGGGUGACUUCAAGUGCUGUAGGGGCCUGUGCGGGAAAGCCUGCGUGGAACCUGAAUAAGCCUGAUUCCUGUCGUUUAGAAGAGGUUCUGGAUUCCUAGUCUGUGGUCUGGGGCUCGGAUCACUGGGGCACUCCAUGGCGAAGACUUGGUUCUACCAUUAAGAUCUUCUUGGGGGGAAGGCGUGGCACACAGUAGGCUUUCAGGAAAUUGGUGAAUAAAUAAAUGAGCCUAUUUCUUUGUGUCCAUGUGCUUCUGUGGUUUGCCGGGGCUGCGGGGCUUGGGACGUGAUGACGGAAUGUGUGGAUGUGAGGCCUCCCUCCUGCACAUACGGAGUGGAAGGGGGAGGCUUCAGGGCCAGAUAGACGUGAAUUCACA